AUGGGUGAUGAGAGUAGGGAGAAGGGUGAUGAGAGAAGGGAGAAGGGAGAUGAGAGUAGGGAGAAGGGUGAUGAGAGUAGGGAGAAGGGUGAUGAGAGUAGGGAGAAGGGUGAUGAGAGUAGGGAGAAGGGUGAUGAGAGUAGGGAGAAGGCUUGGUUCGCGCGCACAAAAAAGUUCGGCGCCCGCGAUGACGGUCGUGAAAGGAAGCGCAUGGGUGAUGAGAGUAGGGAGAAGGGUGAUGAGAGUAGGGAGAAGGGAGAUGAGAGUAGGGAGAAGGGUGAUGAGAGUAGGGAGAAGGGUGAUGAGAGUAGGGAGAAGGGUGAUGAGAGUAGGGAGAAGGGUGAUGAGAGUAGGGAGAAGGGAGAUGAGAGUAGGGAGAAGGGAGAUUAG